GCAGAAGUCAUGGUACAAGACACUAAAGUGGAAGACAUGCGGCUUCCUCCCUUGAUUGUUAGCCGAAUAGUCGACAGGGCUAUCGGCCCCAGUGGAACGGUCUCAAAAGAAGCACGAACGGCUAUUGGACGAGCAGCAUCGAUUUUCAUUCAUCAAAUGAGCUCACAUGCUUGUGAGUAUGCCACGAAUAAAAGACGAAAAGUUUUGACACCCGAAGAUAUAUUCCAGGCUUUCCACAUCAUCGAAUGUGAUCAUUUGGUUGGACCUCUUCAAGAGUCUCUAGAAGUCUGGAAGACAAAUAAGGCCCAAAAAUCCGAAGAAACUAGAAAACGCAAGGCUGAUAAGAAAGGUGCAGAGAAGUCAUUGCUAACUGCAGAUGGAGAAGAUUCAACAACAUCAUUUACAAUAGCUCCCUCUGAAGAAAUGCGCUUGAGGGAGGAUGAACUGGAUGAACAUUACUGAUCUCUAUUCAUGUGAUACUCCGUUUGUGGCAAUGUACCCCCUGUUUGUGACAAAUUUUUCGUUGUUCUUGGUUUGCUGUGGGCGCGUUCGUGCUUAGCGUGGCAGAUUUGCAGGCAAGGGAUUCGUGGCAGAAGUGGAG